AUGGUGAUUGCAGAGCUGUUAGAAGCUGUUGUAUUUGAGAUGGAAUUCAAAUUUAAAAUUCCCAUUUCUUGGGAUUAUCAUGGCAUGAAUGUGGAGAUGUCGACAGAUAGUCGAAUACAGGUGAGGAUAUCUCAUAUGGCCCACGAACGAUUUGCAGGAUUGUCAUCAAAUGGUGCAAAAUUAGAUGGUAGUUUCGAUAUUUUUAAAGGCUGA